AUGCUGCACCGCGAGCCGAACUAUCUCGGCCUACGGAAUUCUGAUUUCGAAGAAGCUGAGGCUGCCUUACUGGACCCUGCCCGUGACAAGCGAUGUGCCGCUUUUGCAGGCGUAUCACAACAAGUUUCACCCGGGUUUUGUCUUCUGAUGUGGAUCCCAGCCCGUGAGCUUUCAGCUACGUUUUUUGAUACGAGAAUUAUGACUUCUCUCGGCUCAUCGACCCAAUCCCCUGUGUGGUUGAAUAGUCUAGAGCACUUGCGUGCCUUCAAAGCUAUCCGCGACGCCAGUAUCAGCUUUCUUCGCACCGACAGAAAGGUGUGUACCGAAUUGAAGGGGCGGAUUAGUGACCAUUUGUGGGCGCAAAUUUAA